AUGAACGACUCCAGCAGUUUAUGCGACUCGAAGAGCCUGUACGACUCGGACAGCGUCUCCACUUUGACGCCGCGCAGUGCGGUACUACAGUUUGACUUUCGCUCAAGAGACCGCCCGCGGCCUCCUUCGCGUGUGAUCGACGAGCCGCUCUCGAGCCGAAAACAGGAAUUGAAAGACAUGAUAACUUCGCUACACGAUAACAGGGCGAGCGUGAGUAUAUGGCAGGUGGGACUUGCUACCGCGCUCGGCCUCAUGACCGGUGUGAUGCUGAUCCAUUACAACAUUUGUGGUGCUUGGGCCGACUGGCUUGCGAUGCCUGGCCACCUCUUUAUUGCAGCCCUGAAGUGUCUAGUGACUCCGAUGGUGUUCUGCAACGUCAUUGUUUGUAUUGGUGAGCUGGUGGAGGCUGGCAAGGCCGCAUCUAUCGGACGACGGAUGAUCUUCUCAUUCGCUGCAGCGUCCAUCACAUCGUCGAUCACCGGCACGCUGUUUGCUUUCGCCAUGUCGAAGCUUUAUCGUUCAAGUGCUGUCGUACCGAUAAAGCCAGCUUUCGCGUCGUUGAGCUUCCAGUGUGCUGAUGGCAAAUACCUCUCGUACACGAUAGACGGAACAAUUGCAUGCAGCUCGAUGAAUGGCACGACGCCUAACAGUUUGUUCGUGCUGAAGGACGUGAGCGGCUACUUGCUGAUGUCUGGUACAGAGUGCGCAAAUUUGAGCGUGUCGGAGCAGAUUUUUACUACCCUGAAGGGCCUCGUGCCGAACAAUAUCUAUCACUCGUUCUCUGGAACCUCAACUUUGAGCGUGAUCGUGUUCGCGAUCGUUAUGGGGAUUGCGCUGAUUAAAAGUGUAGACCGAGAAGCAGGAGUGAACAACUAUCCUCUUCUUGUGGUGACGCAGGCGAACACAGUGAUACACUUGCUCGUGAAUAUGGUGGUGAAGUAUACUCCGAUUGCUGUCGUCUCUUUGAUUGCUGGCUCAAUCGCUACUUACAGCUCAUCAUUGGUAUUGAUCAAAGGCAUUGCGUUCUUGGUCGGUACUUUGAUUGUGGCGCUGCUUUCGCUUACUGUCGGGAUCUUUGGACUGGCGCUUUUCGUAACAACAAGGCGGAACAUCUUCACGCACUUGUGGCACAUGCUCCCAGCACAGCUAUUCAUCUUUGGAUCGUCUUGCUCAAUCGCAGCUUUGCCAAUCACUAUGCGGUGCCUGGAUGAUACGAAGGAAGUGCCGCUCCAGAUCUCGAGAUUGAUACUACCUCUUGGGGCCACAAGUAAUCUGAACGGCACGGCCUUGUAUAUGCCGCUAGCUUGUGUCUUUCUGGCAAAAGUCGGUGGGUAUGAUGCGUUAUUGACGCCUUCACGAUUUGUCCUGUUGGCAUUCGUAAGCACCAUUGCGUCAUUUGGUGUUGCUGGCGUGCCACAUGCCGGUUUGGUGAUGGUGCUCACUGUGUGGCGGACAGUCUUUGGUGUAGACGUGCCUGUCGUGUUCACUAUCCUCGCGAGCACGGACUGGAUUCUAGAUCGUCUACGCUCAGUGGUCAACAUGACAAACGAUACUAUCAUCGUACGGAUCAUCGCUGCGCAGCAGACAGAAGACACAGAUGUGUGA